UAUGUCUAGAAGUCAGUCUUACAGCCCUUUAAGGAGACCACCGAUGUCACCUUGCAGACUUAUUGAUGAAAUACUAAGCGAUAGUGAAGAUGACGAAGAAAUUUCAUCUUCAAACAAACAGGAUGCAAAGGAUAAUAAUCAAGAAACGAAUGAAAAUAAAAAGGCAGUCACAUUCUCAACUGAUAACGCAACUGCAAGAAAUGACUCAUGUGAUAUAGCAAACUGUUUUAUACCAAAGCAAAUAUUACAAGCUUCGCUUAAUAAUAAUUCUAGAGGAAGAAAGCAAAAAAGAACAUGUCAAGUGACAAGAAAGAAGACGAAUGAAAGUGAGAAGAGAAAAGCAGAGAAACAUAAACGAGAAAAGUUUGAUAUCUUAACAUAUUUAUUGCCAAAGUUGUAA